AUGUCAUUUCCUUGGCAUACAACAGAAUUUAUAUCUGUCUGUUUUGGUAUUAUUUUAAUUAUACUGUUAACAGUCGGGGGUAAUCUUGUUGUUCUAUUUGCAUUUUGUAAUGAUCCACAUCUAUUAACACCAUCAAAUAAUUUUAUAUUAUCUAUGGCUAUUGCUGAUCUUCUUGUUGGACUUAUUGGUAUGCCAUUUCAUUCAUAUGCUCAAAUAAAACAUUCUUGGCCAUUUGGAGAACUUUUUUGUAAAAUAUGGAUUACUAUUGAUGAUGUUGUAACAAUGGCGAGUGUAUUAUCAAUUGUUGCUAUAACUAUAGAACGUUAUUGGAGUAUUAAUCAUAGCGUACAUUAUCGACGUCAUACAACAAAAACUCGUAUAAGAAUAUUUUCUGUACUUAUAUGGCUCAUUCCAGUUCUUAAUUUUGCACCUGGUAUAUGGUUACUUGAAUCAAAUGAAAACAUUAAAUUAUUAAAUUCUAUUGAUAAUAGAACAACAGAAACAAAAUUUGAAUGUAUAGGUGCCUAUCAUACACAUACAUUAUAUUUAAUAAUGUCUCAAAUAAAUUUUUUUGCAUGGCCAUUAGUUGUUAUUAUUGUACUCAAUGUUUUAAUCGUAGUUAAUUUAUAUAAACGAUCACAUCGUUUUUCUGGUUUUGUUAGUUUUCGAGUACCACAAAAUAAACAACAACGAAAGAGUAAUUCAUUAAAAGAACAAUAUCGACAAAUAAUUGAAGAAGAAGAUCAAGAACAACAACAACAGCAGCAGCAGUUGCACCGCUACCCACAAAAUAUUGAUGAUAAUGUACACACAGUGACAGUUGUUGACGAGGCCAACUGUCAUUUAAUAAAUAAAAUAGAUUCAGAGCAUCGUUCUACAAAUCAUUCCGAAAAAGCAUUAUUACCUGUUAAAGAACUUGAUGAAAUACCAGAUGAAGAUGGUUCAGUUGAAUUUCAAUCAACGCCAUUAAAUAAUUCAGAAGCAAGACAAUCAAUAAAUCUAUAUUCACGUUUUAAACAAGCAUUUAUUCCAUCAUCAAUUCAAAUGGAUACAUUAUCAGUCGAUCAUCGUACAUCAUUAUCAACUCAAGCAUUCUGUAUGCCUACAGUAAAACGAAAAUCGAUGAAUAAUCCUAUAUUAGUAUGGCGUCAUCAUUCACUUGCAUCACCUUUAUCUGCAUUGCACAUGGCAAAAACGACUAAUACUACAAAUGGAACUGGUGAACAACGUACUGUUCGUCGUUUAAGACGUGAUAAACGUGCAGCUACAUCACUUUUUACUUUAGUACUUGUAUUUAUGAUAUUUUUAUUACCAUAUGUAUUCGUUGUAGUUGUUGGACGAAUAUUUUCAGUUGAAAUUUUAACUGAUACAAAUGGACAAGUCUAUUCAGCUGCAUUUUGGCUUUUAUGGCUUAAUUCAACCGUUAAUCCAAUACUUUAUCCAUUUAUUCAACCACGUUUUCGUGAAGCAUAUAGAAAACUUUUUAUAAGAUUUGCAAGACGACAAAGACGAUUAGCUUCAUUGAUUGCUGAUAUGCAUCGUAGUAAAUAA